AUGAUAGGAAUUAAGAAUGAAGUGAACAGUAAUGAUAAGCGUAAAAGAAAGUUCGAUGGAGAGAAUAGAAACCAUUUUCACAAUAAAUAUAAUAAACCAAAUAAAGGGAACAAUAUUGGAAAUUAUGGGAAGAAAAAUGGAAGAGAAGUAGAAGGAGGAGGAAGCUCCUUCUACAACGAAAAUAGCAAGUACAUAUUUGAAGGAAGUGUGAAAAUAAAAAACAAGAGUAAGCACAUUUUUUACAACAAGGCCCAGGUGUUUAAUCGUGACAUGAGUAUAAUUUUGAUAAAAGCGUUAGAAAUAUAUUUAAAAAAUAAAAAUAAAGACAACGGAAAAAUUCUGUUCAGGGGAUUUAACAUCAUCGAAUUGUUAAGUGCAAGUGGAAUAAGAAGUAUAAGGUAUGUAAAGGAAUUAGGAGAAACCAUAAACCAUAUCAUUACAAAUGAUAUUGAUAAAUAUGCCUGUAAACAGAUAAGGAGAAACUUUAAAAGAAAUAAUAUUAAUAAGGAGAAGUAUACAAUUCUAUGUAAUGAUGCAAAUAGCGUUAUGAACAUACUUAAUGUUGACAAUAUUUAUUCGAAGAAGAGAAACACGAAAAAAUUAGAUAUUGGUUUUACCUACGUCAAUAGCAUAACGGAUUAUAACGACUACUUUAAGGAAGCUUUUAAAUUUUUAAAAUAUAUAUCAAAUUACAAUAGAGGCAAAGGAAACAACGAAGUUAAGGAGGGCAUGAAUGUUGAUAACCCCUCGCAUAAUAAUAAUGGUAAUAAAUCUUGUAACAACGGUAGGAGUAAUGUAGGCACAAAAAAUAAAUCUAUUGAGGAUGACCAUCAUUUAGAGGACAGUGACUCUACCGUGUUCUCUAGCAAUGAAGAAUCCUCCACCAAAAUUGAUAUGCUGCACGAGGAGAACGACAAAACAGUGUACGCAAAAGGGGCAAGCACAACACAAGCGAGGAAUGGGCCCGCCAAGGCAACAAUAAACGGUGGAACAGACAAUGAAGCAAACCACACAGAGACAAUCCCUUCCGGGGGAAAAAAGAACGGAGGAGAGAACCCCCCCCUCAGCGAAAGUAUGAUGGAUGAAAUUAUCCAAAGGAGCAAACUCUCGGAAAAGUACAUGUUCGAUAUAAUCGACAUAGACCCAUAUGGAUCGUCCAUAGAUUAUUUGGAAAGCUGCUUAAAAUAUGGAAGAAGCAAUUUCUUCAUAUUAAUAACGAAUACAGAUAUGAGAGUAUUGAAUGGAAAAUUUCCAGAUGUCUCCUUUUACAAAUAUAACAGUAUGAUAUUUAGCAAGAGAGUUCCUUACAAUAAGGAGUAUAGCAUAAGAGUAUUGUUUUACAAAAUAAAAACUAUCGCCUCCAAGUAUAAGAAAUGCGUUAUUCCAUUUUCCUCUCUUAAUAUUGAUUUUUACAUUCGCAUAUUAGUACAAGUUAUAGAUGAUACUUUACAGACCAAGGACCUCUGCACUGAUAGUGGGAUGGUUUAUCAGUGCAAUAGUUGUUCCAGCUUUCAUGUGAACCCCUUGGCAACGAAGAAGGAUAGGAAUCUGUCAGUAACCGAUAAUAGGAAAUACAACAAGAAGUGGAAACAGAACAAGCAUAAGGAUGGGGAAUUUUUAAACAACCAGAUGGAAGAAGAGAAGGAGGAUUCUCAAAUUGCAGGAAAUAUUCCAGAUGCACAGUUAGACCAUUUGCAUGAUGCUAAUAAGAAUUCUUAUGAAAAGGGAAAAUUCGCAUCUGAAAAUUUUGCGCACGACGCGACCCAUGGGGAUACAGUGGAUAAUGUGGAAGACGGAGUUAAUACGGUUGAUAAGGUACCAUGUGAUAACGUGGUAGAGAAAGGAGGUAAUUGUGAACAACUUACCAAUGGAGAUGAAGGGGGUGAUGUUGAAAAUGUUGCACAUAGCGAGUGCACAGAGAAUGCGGCUGUUGAUGUGAUGACUGGAGUUCCAUCUCCAAAGGAUCAACCAAUGCAAAACAAUCCCGGCUUAGGAAAUAAAUACAAAAGCGGAAAAUUAACCAUUUCUAACAAGUGUCUAGAAUGCGGAGGAGAAAUGCUGAUAGGUGGCCCCAUCUACAUCGGGAAGAUGCACAAUGCUGAGUUUAUUAACACGUGUAUAUCGUUACUGGAAAAUUUACAAAACUACAAUUUAAACACCAUCAAAUCGAGGGAUAGAAUAUUAAUAAAUUUCCGUUGCCUAAAACAAGAAAUAAAUAUUCCAUUGUAUUAUAAUUUGCCAGACCUAUUUAGAAAUUUUAGACUGUGCUCCAUUUCUAGAAAAUUGUUUGUAAACGCACUGCUAAAUUUGAAUUAUGAAGUAUCCUAUUUUCACAAGGAUCCAGAUAGUAUCAAGACUAAUGCUCCUAACAGUGUCUUUAUGGAUAUUUUUCGUGCCAUUAUUUAUAAAGUAAAUUCCAAAAAGAGAAAUCGCGAUACUGUGGAAAAGAAGGAGGAAGAAUUGAAUGCUCUAGACAAUAAGAAAAAGGAAGGCACUGAGGAAAGCUCGAAAAAAGUAUAUUCCAUAAAUACUAUAAAGGAUGAAAAGUUGAAGGAGAAAUUAUUGUCGUAUGAAUUUUUUAAAAAAAAUUCAACCAUUGACAAUAUUGAUAUUUCUGUCAAUAAUAAAGAGAAUACUGAUAAUGUGAAACUGUUCACCUUGAUGAACCCUGAGCCUUUUUGGGGUCCCAUGAAGAAGCACUAUGAGAAGAACUGA